AUGUUUCUCAUUUUUCGAUUCAUCGCUGGCAGCGCCGCCUCUGGUCCGAUGAGUAUUGGUGGCGGUACCGUUGCCGACGUUACUCUGCAGGAAAACCGAGGCAAGGCCAUGGCUCUUUUCACCAUGGGUCCUAUCCUCGGACCGAUCCUCGGACCCUUUAUUGGGGGCUUCGUGUCUCGAUACCUCGGCUGGUGCUGGACGUUUAGAAUUAUUCUCAUCUUGUCUGGUAUAAUUACUGCUGCCACGUUUGCCCUGAUGCGUGAGACGAAUGCUACAAUCCUUUUAAGCAGAAAGUUGAAACAGCUGCAAAAGGAAACAGGUAACCCGGAUCUUGUGGCCGCUCGCGCUUCCAACCUUACUACCAAGCAGAUGCUGCUGCGCGCCAUCGUUCGCCCCCUUAAGCUGCUCAUCUUCUCGCCCAUUGUUCUGCUCAUCUCCCUCUACACGGGUCUCAUGCUCGGUAUUUCCGGUAUCGCAUACCUUGGUCUGGGCAUUGGCAUGUUUAGCGGACUCGUCCUCUUCUCCGUGCUUAGCGAUAAGCUUCUCAGUCAGAAGCAGGGUGGUGCCGUUGCGGCACCUGAGCAGCGUCUCAUUCUCAUGAAGUGGUUUGGGCCCAUCACUCCGUUUGGCUGCUUCAUGUACGGCUGGAGCGCCUACUACCACAGACACUGGAUUGUGCCCAUUAUUAGAACAUCCAUUAUUGGUCUUGGCUGUCUCCUUGUCGUCAUCCCUGGCCAGAUUUGCCUUGUUGAUUCGUUCGGAGCUGCGGCUGCAGCGUCGUCAAUAGCAGCCAACUUGCUCGUUCGUUCGCCUUUUGGCGCCUUUCUCGACCUGACUGCCACGCCCCUAUAUAACAAGCUCGGUUUGGGAUCGGGAAACAGCGUACUUGGCUUCAUCACUCUGGCCCUUACAUCUGUCCCGUGGCUUUUCUACCACUACCGAGGAUAUCUCCGAACCAAGUUUGCUGUUGAUCUUUAG